GGGGAGGGGCUGGGAGGAACCGGCCGUGAUCGGCUGUGGCUGGACCCGGGCCUCCCCGCGGGCGACUCCGGGAUCUACGGACCCGGGUCCCUCUGUCGUAGGUUGGCCCUCGGCCGCAGGGUGGGCCUGGUCCUGCAGCCGGGACCCCGGGCGUCCUGACCCGUUCCUGCGCGGCGACUGCGGCCCCGGCGCCCUCUCUGGGCAGCUCCGCGCCCGCAGCCCCGCGUCUCCCCAGAUUGUGCGGCUGUAACAAACACAGGUUCGGGGCCCGAGUCACUGUUCCGAGACGCUGAGGGCUGCAGCAGAAACAGUUUAAUAGGAGGAGAGGGGAGGACACCCCAGAUCCGCCUCCCUGAGGGAUUUGGGGUCUGGACAGGGGCGGCUGGGUGUGGAGUCAUUGGUUGGUGGGGAAGUGAGGGGUGAAUCCUGGGACAGGAGGUGAAGAAACCGCAUUCUGCUGAGUGGGCUCCCUCGUGGCGACUUCAACCUGGUUGGCGCCAGCCUUUCCGCUGGGAUUCAGGAUCUGAGACAGAACUCCAGCGACUCUGAGCAGCUCUUAGAGAUCUUAUCCCCAGGCACAAUGGGGAAGCCGGCGGUCAGCGUCUGCUAUGACCUGACUCUCAGGGAGGCGGCCCCGUGAGGCAGCGCGGCUGAGGGCACCUGGUUAAUAUCUAACUGCAAUCUCGCCUCCAGCCUGGCUCGCAGUUCCUGUGAACCCGGUGAGGAGGCUGCACGGUGACGACGAGUCACCAGGCGGAAUCCAGACUCUUGUGUGGGGUUUGUGUGUGGGAGGAGCUGUGAUCUCCGUGGUCCUCAGUCCCUUCUUUCUUUCCAAAGGCGACUGUUUCCCCUCUGAGUCUUCCAAAGAUGUGGGCAGCAGGGUCUCAAAUCCAGCACUGUGUUGUCUCAUCCUAACUCCUCCUAGGGGUGGCAGCAAAUCUCUUGGUUUCCAGAGACUUCCGCAGGCCAACUUUCUGUCCUUAAUUCACAGCAACAGUAUGAACUCUUUGGCCCCCAGGCGAUAUUUCACUAGUUUGUCAUCUUGUUUUCAGCUAGCAAUGUAUGGCUUUUUCUCGAAAGAAUUGUUUUGGGUUCCUGAACACGGUGGGUCAUUCCUGUAAUUCCAGCACCUUGGGAGGCUAAGGCAGAGGUGUUACUUGAUCCCAGUAGUUCCAGACCAGCCUGGGCAACAUGGCAAGACCUUGUCUCUAGUAUAAAUUAUAAUAAUAAAAUUAGCUGGGCUUGGUAGCUGGCACCUGUAGUCGCAGCUACUGAGGCUGAGGUGGGAUGAUGGCUUGAGCCCAGGAGUUUGAAGUUGCAGUGAGCUAUGAUCGUGCCUCUGCAUCCCAGCCUGGGCAACAGAGGCCGACCCUGUCUGAAAAAAAAUGCACGUCCACAGCUGCCAAGUGUCUUGGAGGGUCCAGUGAAUAUCAUCCCCUGGGUCAUUCCUCCCAGGGGACAGCCUGAGAUGGAGGGUGGGGCCCCGAUGGAUCAGUCCUCAGUGGCUUUAGAGGACGUGGCUGUGAACUUCACCCGAGAAGAGUGGGCUUUGCUGGGUCCUUGUCAGAAGAAUCUCUACAAAGAUGUGAUGCAGGAAACCAUCAGGAACUUGGAUUGUGUAGGAAUGAAAUGGAAAGACCAGAACAUUGAAGAUCAAUACAGAUAUCCCAGGAAAAAUCUAAGAUGUCAUAUGUUAGAGAGAUUUGUUGAAAGUAAAGGUGGAAGUCAAUGUGGAGAAACAUCUAGCCAGAUUCAAGAUAGUAUUGUGACCAAGAACACUCUUCCUGGAGUAGGCCCAUGUGAAAGCAGUAUGAGUGGAGAAAUCAUCAUGGGUCAUUCAUCCCUUAAUUGUUACAUCAGAGUUGGUGCUGGGCACAAACCACAUGAGUAUCAUGAAUGUGGAGAGAAGCCAGAUACGCAUAAACAAUGUGGGAAAGCCUUCAGUUACCACAACUCAUUUCAAACACAUGAAAGGCUUCACACUGGAAAGAAACCAUAUGAUUGUAAAGAAUGUGGGAAGUCCUUCAGUUCUUUGGGAAACCUUCGAAGACACAUGGCGGUGCAGCGUGGAGAUGGACCUUAUAAAUGUAAGUUGUGUGGGAAAGCGUUUUUUUGGCCCAGUUUAUUACAGAUACAUGAAAGAACACAUACUGGGGAGAAACCGUAUGAAUGUAAGCAGUGUUCUAAAGCCUUUCGUUUUUACAGUUCCUAUCUAAGACAUGAAAGAACACAUACUGGGGAGAAACCGUAUGAAUGUAAGCAGUGUUCUAAAGCCUUCCCUGAUUACAGUUCUUGUCUAAGACAUGAAAGAACUCACACUGGAGAGAAACCCUAUACAUGUAAACAAUGUGGGAAAGCCUUCAGUGAUUCCGCUUCCGUUCGAAGACAUGAAACAACUCACACUGAAGAGAAACCCUAUGCAUGUCAGCAAUGUGGGAAAGCGUUUCAUCAUCUGGGAAGCUUUCAAAGACACAUGAUAAGGCACACUGGAAAUGGACCUCAUAAAUGUAAGAUAUGUGGGAAAGGUUUUGAUUGUCCUAGUUCACUGCAAAGUCAUGAAAGAACUCACACUGGAGAGAAACCCUAUGAAUGCAAGCAGUGUGGGAAAGCGUUAUCUCAUCGCUCAAGCUUUCGAAGUCAUAUGAUAAUGCACACUGGAGAUGGACCUCACAAAUGCAAGAUAUGUGGGAAAGCCUUCGUUUAUCCCAGUGUAUUUCAAAGACAUGAAAGGACUCACACUGCAGAGAAACCCUAUAAAUGUAAACAGUGUGACAAAGCCUACCGUAUUUCCAGUUCCCUUCGAAGGCAUGAAACAACUCAUACUGGAGAGAAACCCUAUAAAUGCAAACGUGGAAAAGCCUUUAUUGAUUUCUAUUCCUUUCAAAAUCACAAAACAAGUCACACUGGAGAGAAGCCAUAUGAGUGUCAGGAAUGUGGGAAAGCAUUCAGUCGUUUCAAAUACCUUUCUCGACAUAAAAGGACCCACACAGGAGAGAAACCUUAUGAGUGUAAAACAUGUAGGAAAGCCUUCGGUCAUUAUGAUAACUUAAAGGUACAUGAAAGAAUUCACUCUGGAGAGAAGCCCUAUGAAUGUAAGGAAUGUGGGAAAGCGUUCUCUUGGCUCACUUGUUUUCUACGACAUGAAAGAAUUCACAGGAGAGAGAAAUCCUAUGAAUGUCAACAAUGUGGUAAAGCCUUCACUCAUUCCCGUUUCCUUCAAGGACAUGAAAAAACUCAUACCGGAGAGAACCCGUAUGAAUGUAAGGAAUGUGGGAAAGCAUUUGCUUCUCUCAGUUCCUUGCAUAGACAUAAAAAGACUCACUAGCAUUCUCUCUAAAUGUAUGGAAUGUGGGAAAGCAUUUAUUAAUUUUAUUUCAUUUCAGAAACUUGUAAGAAACGUAUUGGAGAUAAACCCUGUGAAUGUAAGCACUUGGUAAAGCCUUAAGUAAUUUCAGUUUCUUUCCAGUACAGUCAUCUCUUGAUACAUGCUGGGUAUUGGUUCCAGCACUCUGUGAGCCAUGUCAAGUCCCUUUUAUAAAAUGACAUAUUUGUAUGUAACUUACCCACAUGCUCUUGUGUAGUCUCAGUUAUGUCUAGAUUACUUAAAAUACCUCGUACAUUGUAAAAGCUAUGCAAAUAGUUGUUCUAUUGUAUCAUUUAGGGAAUCAUCAUAAGGAAAAGAGUCUAUGUAUUUUCAGUAUAGAUGCAGUAAUUGUGAGCCUAUCAACAUAGUAUAUGUCAGCCAGAACAUUAAAGUUUUUUUGCUUCAGCUGUCA